GUGACUGGGGAGGGCAAGGAGUGCAUCAUGUGACUCCAACUAGUAAAGCUCAGUGAAGUCUCAGAGGUGUUAGAGAGCGGAUGGGCGCACACAAAGCUGUCCUAGCGUAGUCUCUUAAUUCUGUUUGGUAGGCACCAACAAACUUGCUCUUUUAUUUAUUUAUUUUUUCCUUUUCCUUAAUAAUACACACCCCGAGAGGACAGCAUGGACUUUGGAGUAAUUGCCUCCAAGACUGUAUUGCUCUUGAUCAGCCUCGUCUUUUGGGCGGCAGCAGCGGGGCUCUCCUACGUCGGUGGAUAUGUUCUCAGCAGCUACAAGGCGUAUGACCCCUUCCUCCAGGACAAAUACGCUCUCCUGCCAGCAGUCAUCAUUAUUUGCAUCUCUGUGGUGAUGUUUGUAAUUGGGUUGAUUGGCUGCUGCGCCACCAUCCGUGAGUCCAAGGUUGGAUUGGGCGUUUUCCUGGUCAUUAUCCUGUUGAUCUUUACCGCUGAAGUGGCAGUCUUCGUCCUUGGAGUGAUUUACCGAGGAAAGGUAAAAACCGACUUGCACGGACCGAUGCUGCAAGCAUUCAAGGCCUAUGAUGGGAAAACAGAAGAGUCUCACGUGGUCGAUUACCUACAGCAGGAGCUUCAGUGCUGUGGAGUCUACAACUACACCGACUGGAUCGGUAGCAAAUGGUUCAACACCACCGGCAACAACAGUGUUCCCCUGAGCUGCUGCAAACAAAAUGUUGGCAAGAACUGCACCGGCCAGCUGAGCAAACUGGAAUUUCUCAACCUGCACGGCUGCGAGGAGAAGGUGCAGUCUGGCCUGCAGGGCGUCCUCAGCUAUGCGAUGAUUGUCAUUCUGUCGUUUGCCAUUAUGAAGUUCUUUGGCAUGCUCAGUGCCUGUGUGCUGACUUGUAGGAAAGAAGACAAUGGCUACCAGCCCCUGAAUUCGGGGACAUUUGCUUGAUAGGAAGACAAAGAAGGAUGCCCCUUUUCUUAUUCCCCAAAUAAAAUGGACUUGGAGAAGAUGUCUUGAACAAAAAAAAAGUCUGCUUUUGUAAAAUUCCAAGGGAUGGCAGUAGCUCCCACAAAUUACAUUCAAUGUGAAAUAACUUGGCUUUAGUAUAUUUAUUCGUCCAGAGACUCUUGAUGCACUGGAAUUACCAUGAAUCCCUUUCCUUGAAGAUCUUUCCCCAACCUUAUGCCCCAGAUGUGUUGGACUACAACUCCCACCAUGCUCUGCCAGGAUGGCAGUGGCUUUUCUGCCUGGGGAUUGUGGGGAUUGUAAUCCACAGCUGGGGAUCACCAAGUUGGGAAAAGACUACCUUAUAAAAAUAGCACAUGAAUCCAUGGCUCAAAAAAGGCAACCUUGUGUAUACAGACUGUAAUGCUUCUUCAAGAUAGUUGUAUGUGUGUUUUCUUAAAAGGUAAUUCAAGGAGUAAUUUUGCAAAGCUGCAAAAUAAUUUCUGCUUUCUGCUGAUCUGGAUGGCCAGCAUGUUUGCACCAAAUGCUUAAAAUUUAAUAGAUGGUUUUUAGCAUUCACCUGUGAAGAUAUUCUCACUAUCUGGACACUGUCAAAUGCUGACAAUAGCUUUUAGGUGACCAUUGAUUUUUGCUGGUGUCUCUUGGCCUUUUGGAGCAUUCCCAAAAUUCAUGGAGGAUUAUCGAGUGUGAAUGCCAACCUUCAUCAAAUGUCUGGUUGUCAUGAUACGGUGUGGCUUCUUUGGAUUUAGAGGUUGGCAAUCAUGCAGAUCGUCUUCUGUAGUACCUGUACAAUGGAAGAAAUGGCUGGUACUGUCAGCUUUGAUGGGCUAUUUGUCAGAUUUCAUCUACCACAUUCCUUUUUCAUGUGACCAGCAGUGUAAACUUAAUAUCAUAGAGUAUUUGUAAAGUUAAAUCUUGUGAUCCCAGAUUCUUGAAUGCAGCUCAUUCAAGCAAGCUCUUGCCAUAUCUUAAACUUUUAGGGUAUAAAUGAAAACUCCUGGCUAGAUUGGGUUUAUUGGGCCUAAUCCAGAACCUACAGUAGUUGCUCACAGUGGAAUGAUUAUGUGUGUGCUGGAAUCUGUCUGUCUGGAACUAAUUGAGCAUGUGACACAACUUUAACUUCACUAUCGGUGGAAACUUGCUUGCAUCCUAGAUUCUUAGACUGCACAGAGAAAAUAGAGGCUGUUCCAAAUGAGUAAGAUUUGAAUGGCCGCUUCAGCAUAAGGGUAUCCUAGUGAAAAUGCAAUGCAGUGCAAGCUUUAUGUUGUGGCUUGUUUUGCAUGUUUCUGAGCUGUUGUGUAUUUAAAUAUAUAAUAAACUUCAUGCUUUUGUAAGGAGAACUAAUCAGUUAGACAUGUGCCAGUGAGAUAUAUGAUCACUUGUUUUCCAAACCAUUUUGGUUUAAUACUUGAGAGCUGUAAAAACUACUUGGAUUAAAGUGUUGAAGGUACUUAAGUUGAAAUAAAACCUUUAAAAUAA